GCAGAAUAAAAACAAGAGCUAAUCUGGGAGUGAGAGGCUCUGAUAAGACCUGCGAAGAGAGAGAGAAACACACAAGACUAGUAGCUAGAGACACAUUUACUGGACUAAACUUUGUUGAGGAGCUACAGUUCUAGUUAUCAGGAGAAUUAUAGAAACAAUUUGUGGGGAAACAAUGGAUUAUAAUACUGAAAUCAUUCGGGAAACGAAUCCAAUGGACAGCCUGGAGAAACAGCUAAUCUGCCCAAUCUGCUUGGAGAUGUUUAAUAAGCCUGUGGUGAUCCUUCCUUGCCAACAUAACCUGUGCCGCAAGUGUGCCAAUGACGUGUUCCAGGCAGGUAACCCAUACUGGCCCACACGAACUUCAGUAUCUGGAGGUCGGUUCCGCUGCCCAACGUGUAGACAUGAGGUGAUUCUUGACCGCCAUGGGGUUUACGGGCUUCAGAGGAACCUACUUGUUGAAAAUAUCAUAGACAUCUACAAACAGGACUGCACUAGCCGUCCAGACCGUCCAGAAAAUAAAGUGAAUCAUCCAAUGUGUGACAAACAUGAAGAUGAGAAAAUAAACAUUUACUGUGUGACCUGCCAGGUGCCAACCUGCUCCAUGUGCAAAGUGUUUGGUGCCCACAAGGACUGUGAAGUAUCACCUCUCCAGAACAUCUAUCAAAGCCAAAAGACAGAGCUGAGCAGCUGUAUAUCGAUGCUAGUGGCCGGUAAUGAUCGGAUUCAGUGUAUUCUCAGCCAGUUGGAAGAAUCAUGCAGAGCAAUCAAGGAGAACAGCCAACAGAGGAGGGAAUGUGUAAAAGAACUGUUUGAGACUGUCAACAAGAUUAUGGAAGAGAAGAAGACGGAGCUUUUGCAGAAGAUUUCACAGGCAGAGGAGGAGAAGCAGGGUGUAGUGCAAUCCCUUAUACACAAGUUCCAAGAACAACUUCAGUCAUCUUCCACAGUUCUGCAGAAUGCGUUCCAAACCAUGGAGCAGUCUGGGCAUGCUGCCUUUCUGCAAAUAUCCAAGCCGCUCAUUAAAACAAUCAUGGAAGCCUCUAAAGGUUGUCAGCUUGACAAAAUAGAUCCUGGGUUUGAAAACAUGGACCAGUUCACAUUGGACAUAGAUCAUAUCAGUCAAUACCUGAAGAACAUUGAUUUCAGUCCAAGCUAUGAAGAUGAUGAAGACGGAGAGGAUGAUGCAGAAGAAUAUGAAGAAACAGAGGAUGGCAGACUUGAUGGGCUGCAGGAAUUCCGGGACGGGGAGACCGUGUGAAAAAUGGAAUGGUAGGAGGAAGGAGAACGUGUGCCAAAUUUUCCAUAGGAGAAAAGAGAAUGAGUAUCACAUGAGCCCACAAGAAAAUGAGCCCUCGGGCAAUAACUCAGGACUGCUUUAAGAAGACAUUUAGGUCACUGUGAUUAUAGUGUAUAUAUUUGUACAAAUACUUUUUUAACUCUGUGAUUUUCACUCUCGUCAUUGUGUGCUGUGCAUAUGCAAUUCGCCGACCAACUUGGGGGGGGGGGGGGGUUGAAAUGUUAACAGAGGAAUUCAAAGGCUCGUGGAGUCUAAAGAUUUCUUUUUAAUGGGGGGGGGGCAGAAAAUCAGUAAUUGUGAGACAUGGAAAUAAUAUGGGCCUUUGUCUCUGAUAUCAAUUCACUGACAUUUUCUUGCACUUGAAUUAAAUGCUUUUGAUGUUAAUAUUUA